GGAAAUUGAACUCGUUUUGCUUAUCGUAAUUAAAGUAAGUAGGUUGCGUUUUCUAGUUAUAUAUUUCGGCCCUAUUGAACCCAAAAGUUUUACUCCCCUCUCCACUCACUCACUCACGCUCCGGAAGAGGACAUAAAUAGAAACUGCUUCUAUUUCUCAUAGUUUUUGAAAUUUUAGCGAGAAAAAUGGGACCUUUUCCACUAAUUUUUGUUCUCGUCUUAGCCAUCACUUCUGCCACCUCUCAGGCUCGACAAAGUUCCACACCAGUUACAAAUCCAUUCCUCGGUCCAGCCGAUUUCCAACUCUCUCAAUUCGCUGCCACCCAUCCAAAUGGAGAUUCUCUCCGCACGACGGAUGGUGCCGGAAAUCCUCUCCCGUCCAACACGGCCAGCCUCGCCAUCUCCAAUCGAGGUCCACUCCUUUUCGACAACGUCCUGGCCAACAAACUCGCCUCCUUCCACAGAGAACGCAUCCCCGAACGCAUCGUCCACGCCAAAGGUCACGGGGCAUUCGGACACUUUGUCGUGACUCACGAUGUGUCAAGGUUCACAAAAGCCAAGGUGUUCAACAGGGUGGGGAAAAUUACCCCUGUUCUGGUCCGCUUCUCUGGAACGGUGCGAGAGUCUGGAGGGGCGGAGACGUUGCCAGACCCACGUGGUUUUGCAAUUCGCUUGUAUACCGAGGACGGGAACUUGGACUUUCCAGGCCUGCAGAUCGAUGCUUUCACGCUUCGGGAUCCCAUGCUUUUCCCAGACCUUAUUCGAUCCAUGAAGCGAAAUCCGGAAACGCAUCUUAUCGACCAAACCCAGUUUCAUGACUUUCUCUCCCUAAGACCAGAAGUCCUUCAUAAUUAUGUCAAGUUCUUUGCGGACAGCGUUCGAGCCGGUUCCUCGAGGGGCAUGAACGGGUCCGCAGUCAACGUGUACGAGUGCGUCAAUGCUCAAGGACAGGUGACCUACUGUAAGUUCGUGUGGCAUACUUGGCAGUCCAUCCCACCCUUGACGGACUUUGAUACGGUCUCCCUGGCCGGAGUGGAGCCUGACUUUUACACCAAGGAACUAUACAACUCCAUCGCGCAGGGCAACUUUCCCAAGUGGACAUUUGGGUUGCAAGUGAUGACCUAUGACCAAGCCGAGUCCCUGUCCUUCAAUCCAUUCGAUGUGACCAAAGUGUGGCGCCUGGACCAGUUCCCCUUCAUCCCCAUCGGAGUCUUCGUCCUCGACAAAAAUCCCACCGACUACUUUACGCAAAUUGAGCAAGCUGCAUUCUGCCCUACCUUCGUUCCAGGAAUUAGAACAAGUCCUGAUCGUAUCUUACAAGCCAGAGCAUUUGCAUACAAGGACGCGCAACGCUACCGCCUCGGCCCUAAUUUUGAGUUGAUUGAAGUAAAUCGUCCGCUGUCUCGAGCGGAUGGGUACGAGAGAGAUGGAUCCAUGCGGAUUUCUGCCAAGGACAAUGGCGACGGUGGUCCCGUCUACUUUCCCAACUCUUUCAAGGGGCCCAGGAUUGACAGAGACAUGGGGACCGAGGGCCCACAUCCCAUCAACGGCAUCAUGGCUCGAAUCGACUCCCGCGACGAGGACAACUUUAGCCAACCUCGCGAGUACUUGGAGAAGGACGUCGGAACGGAGGAGAAAGUUCGAAUUGCGACCAGAAUUGCGACCGUCCUGGCUUCCGUCAGUGUUCCGGAGGUGCGACUGCGAGUCCUCACCAACUGCAUUGCUCCUCUGGGGACAGAGUUCUACCAACUCGUUGCAGGGGCGUUGCAGACAAUUUCUGCUGGUGGACCACCCAAUUACAACCUUCCCAUUAAUCCACCAGCCUAUUCCAACCUCCUACUAGAACAAUAAGUAACACCAAAUGUGACGUGCAGGGUGUGUUGUGAUUAGUUUGUAAUUUACUAGGACUUGUGCAUAUCGUUGAAUCGAACGUUAACCAUUUGUAUGUAAGAUAAGUACGCCAGCAUGUUAUGUUAUUUGUUGAAUUAAUGUGCAAACGUAGUAUUUAUUACUUCUUCAGUUCUUCUGAUAAGCUAAUUUACGGAUUAAAUAAGUUAUUGAACUAUUCACUCUACAUUUCCUCAUAUGUAAUUAUAUGCGAAAAGUGUGGUAUUUAUAUUCGGUAAGCGCACUGAGAAAGUGCACUUAAGUCUAUUAAAAGUCUAUUAAGAGUCUA